AGUCGCCUUGGCUCAGGACAGCGCGGCUGAACACCCCAGGUGGCUGCGAUGGAAGGCCUCUGGCGGUGGCCGCGGCAGUGGCGGCGUUGGCCGCCGCCUUGCCGCGGUAGCCUCUGCCGCGCCGCGCGCGCCACCCCGCAGCGGGGGCUGGCCGGGACUGCCGCCCAGUCACGUGCCCCCCUGCGCGCCCCCUCGCAGAAGCAGAGGGGCACCGGGACGGCGCUGCGCCGGCAGCGGCCCGCGGGGAGAGGCGGAGCAGCAGCUGCCCCUGGGACGCUGGCCUGGAGGUGCUGCGGGCUGCCCGCGGCUCGCGGGGAGCCCCGGACAGCUUUGGCGUCAACGCCGCCAUCGCCGGCUGCGCUCGGAGUAGCAGGUGGGAGCACGGGCUCGCCCUGCUCUUCGACCUGCUGCGCCAGCCGUCGACGGCCCCUGGCGUGGUGACGUUCAACGUCGCCAUGAGCGCCUGUGAGCGCGGCGGCAAGUGGCAGCACGCCUUAGAGGUCCUACGCGCGAUGCGGGGGGCGGCGGUGGCGGCGGACGUGCGGAGCUGCAGCACCGCCGCGAGCGCUUGCGCGAAGGGGGGCGACUGGCAGCGCAGCCUCGCAUUGGUGGAGGAGGCUUCGGAGCAGGGCCUCGCUCCAGACCUGCACCUGCUGAGCGCGCUGAUGGCGGCGUGCCAACGCGGCAGGCAGUGGCAGAAGGGCCUGGCCGUGCUCGAGGACGUCACGCGGGCACGGCUAAGGCUCGACGGCGUCUCCUGCGACAUCGUGCUCACCCUGUGCGAGCGGGGGGGGCGUUGGGAGCGAGGCCUCGCGCUCCUGGAGGACGCGCAGCGGUCGGGGGUCGCACCCAGCACGGCGGGCCUCUGCGCGCUGGUGAGGGCGUGCAGCACUGUCGAAGGCCGUCUGUUGCGAGAGGGUGCCCCCGGACAGCACAGGGACCGGCUGUUGGCCGAGGUGCGAGACCAGGCCACGAGGCUGCUGCAGGAGCGGGAGGGCGAGGGGGAGGAGCAGGGCACCGCGGUGCCUGCGAAGGCGGGCGCGGACCCCGGUGCGGCCGCCUCCUGGGGCGUCUACGUUGUCCUGGCCAUGGACACCCUGCACCGCCACGGCCGGCUGGGCGGCCCGCUGGAGGCAGCAUUCCGUGAGCGCGUGUACGAGCCCAUGCUGCUUGGCUUGCUGGGCCUCUGCCGCGGGGCCAGGCCGCGCGAGCUCCCGAGGCUGGCGCUGCAGUUCGGCCUGGGCACCUUCUUCACCGUGGAGGCCCUCGCCGCCCUCGGCAUGGCGGCGGGCGCGGAGCCCUGGGUGGCCGCCGCGCAGUCGGCGUGCGGGGAGGCCCUCUGGCGCUCGCUGCAGCGCAGCGGGGCCGCCGGCGAGCAGGGCGGCGCGGCGCGGGAGCCCUCCGUGCCCGAGGAGCCGGUGGGCCGCGAUCUGGUGGUCUGGGUCUCGCACCUGGUGCGCCGG